GCAGCGCAUCUGACGUAUCUUUUAUCACUUCGGCCGCAUCGAUCGAGCACGCACGUUUACUAAGGAACGAAAGCCCCUGGACUUGUUGAUUUUAACGAGAAGACGAAGCAAUUAUAAUGCCCCCAACCAGAACUCUCCCACCGGCGAAGGCAGUCAAGACGGAACGAACACACGAGGAAAACCAAGAGCGAGCCUAUAUCGCUGCUUCCAGGAGAAGUGACAGAAGCUUGGAAGCCCGGGUGGAGUCCGCACGACGAGCCUCUGAAAUACACAAGCGCCGGACAGGGCGCUCUUUGCGUGUGACAGAGCAAGACGUGAUCAACGAAGAAAUGUACGAAGAGGAGGAUGACGACCUGCCAAUGCAAUACCGACGACUUACGGCACAUCUUCAGACGGGCAAUGCGGAUUUCAAUAGGCGGUUAUCAGCGUACCUGACGAACCACGUUGCGAUGAGGAGCGCCCUCGAGCAAUCAAUAUCGAACUCCUAUGCACAGCAAUAUCCCAAUUCCCCCCAGUUCGCGAAUCAGCACUCCAUGUUCCCAUCUCCAAUGCUAGCACACCAGGGCCAGCAGCAAAUGAUGCAACCACCUCAAAGUCCACCCAUGUACAGACAAGCACCUUACCCUUCUUCGAGACCGCAGCAACAAGUAUUUCAACCUACUCCACACCAGCGGUCAGCUUCAAUUGCCACACCGCAGGAGCUAUCGAACUCGGCCCACAGUUCUGUUAUUAAAAAUGACUCUCGAAGGAAGUCAAUGCCCGUCGUUCCAGCUCCAACCGGUUCUCCCGUUCAGACCCGUACUCCUGUGUCAGCCUCGAGCACCACACCCCAGCAAAAGCCUUCCUUCCCAGAGGGUAGCUUUUUUCAGCAGUAUAAUCCAGUGUCCUAUGGCAUGUCCUCAUUCAAUAACAACUUCAGUCCUUUCAGCACUGCCCUGCCAGCAGAGUCACAAGGCCUACUUGGCUCGACGAUGAAUAUGAACGAUCCACUCACGCAGAUGAUGAUGCAAGGAAGUACGACCUUGCCCGGAAAGUCUUACGAUUUCAGCAACCAGUCACUCCCACAGACGACCAGUAUUGGAAAGCAGCAACCCUACCCCAGCCUAGACGGAUUAAACUCGACUCUUGCUCCAGCAUCGUCACAAGAGCCCCCACAACGUCACCAAGGUUACAACAAUUCUCAAGACUGCUUCAACGAGGCACCCAAUGAUAGUAGCAGCGGAAUAACACCAUUGGGGACACCAGGAGGAACGAAUGACUGGCAAAACUACAUCAAUGCAGACGCGUGGGACCUGCCCUCUUCUCAGACAUCGCAGUGAUCUCUUGAUGGGGUCUUCAACAUUUCACUUCACUGUCUAUAUUAUUUUCACAUGACCCUUUUAACGCAUUCACCGAUGAUGGUGUCUUUUAAGCAUCUGAGGUUUGCAUG